AUGCCUGAAGCUAUCAUCCCUCCCCAGAAGCGGGUGCUGGGCGACGCGGUCAAUAAUGCCAACAGCAUCUUAAAGUCUGAUGGUGCACUCAAGAAGCGAAAACUCGACAAUGCACCUUCUGUGCAGUUUGCGCCGUCCUCACAGACCCCGCGGCGAAAGAUUGGCUCAACUCAACCACAGAAAAGUCAAUUCGAGGAGGAGGUGCUGGAAAAGUUGACGCAGGACAUCGGCGACUUGAAGGAGAACAACUCAGAAAAGGACCAGCAAUGGGAACGCCCUCCGCUCGGCGACUUUGAUGAAACAAAAGAAAACAUCUGCUUCCAACAGAUUGACGCAGAAGAAGCAGUACUAAUGGGAAAACCUGCCAUUCGACUCUUCGGUGUCACUGAGGUUGGACAAUCGGUCUGUCUUCACGUUACCGGUUUUGAGCAUUACCUCUACAUUGCGGCCCCAGUUAGCUUCACGAAAGCGGAUUGCGAUCCUUACAAACAUUUCCUAGAACAGAAACUCGGCCAAAGCUUCCCCGCAAUCUCGUCUGUACAACUUACCAUGCGCGAGAACAUUUACGGGUUUCAAGGAAACCAGAAGAGCUACUACAUCAAGAUCACAGUCACGGAACCAAAGUUGGCUGCUCGGUUGCGAAGUGCUUUAGAGACUGGCAGUGGAAGCAUGAAUUACAAGGGCAUGUGGAGCGGCGCAGAUGGAAUCCUUACCUUUGACAAUAUUCAAUAUCUCUUGCGCUUCAUGAUCGACACUGGGCUAGCUGGAAUGGCUUGGGUCGAGGCAGUGGCUGGGAAGUAUCGUCUGCUCGGACAGAACCAAAAAUUGUCUAACUGCCAAAUCGAAGCUUGCGUCGAUUAUAAAGACAUGAUAGCGCAUCAGCCCAAUGGAGAAUGGGCGAAAAUGGCACCGCUUCGCGUCCUGUCAUUUGAUAUCGAGUGUGCUGGGCGCAAAGGUAUCUUCCCCGAGCCCAACAUGGAUCCGGUCAUCCAGAUUGCCAACGUUGUCACUCGAUACGGAGAGUCAAAACCAUUCAUCAGAAAUGUCUUUGUCCUUGAUACAUGCAGUCUUAUUGUCAAUACUCAAAUCCUGGAAUUCCAAAAGGAGGAAAAGAUGCUUGACGCCUGGCGUGAUUUUGUCGAAAAGGUGGACCCCGAUGUCAUCAUCGGAUACAACAUUGCCAACUUCGAUUUCCCAUACCUGCUCGAUCGUGCUAAGCAUUUGAAGUGCACUGGAUUCCCAUAUUGGACCAGACUGAAGGGUUGCAAGACCGAGGCCAAGGAUGCAAGCUUUUCGAGCAAGCAAAUGGGUAACCGAGACACAAAAGCGACCAACACAAAUGGUAGAAUCCAACUUGAUCUUCUACAAUUGGUACAGAGAGACCAUCAGUUGAGAAGUUACACACUUAAUUCAGUGUCAUAUGAGUUUCUGAAAGAACAAAAGGAAGACGUCCACCACACGAUGAUUACUGAACUUUUUAACGGCACCCCCGAUUCGAGACGAAGAUUGGCAGUGUAUUGUUUGAAGGAUGCAUAUCUGCCACAGCGAUUGAUGGACAAGUUGAUGUGUCUGGUCAACUAUACAGAGAUGGCAAGAGUCACGGGUGUGCCAUUCAAUUUCCUACUGUCGCGAGGACAACAGGUGAAAUUCAUCAGUCAACUCUUCCGCAAAGCCCUGGAGCAGCAACUCGUUAUUCCCAAUUCCAAGCCUCAAGAUGAGCAGGAUUACGAAGGAGCCACUGUCAUUGAGCCGAAGCGAGGUUACUAUAGUGUGCCUGUUGCAACCCUCGAUUUCGCCUCACUUUACCCCUCUAUCAUCCAAGCACACAAUCUCUGCUACACGACUUUGCUCAACAAGAGCAGUGUUGAGAAAUUGAAUCUGAAGAAAGACGAAGAUUAUAUUGUCACCCCAAAUGGAGACAUGUUUUGCACCACCAAAGUUCGCAAAGGCCUUUUAUCUCAGAUUCUUGAAGAAUUGUUGUCGGCAAGAAAGCGUGCAAAGAGAGAGUUAGCCACGGAGACCGAUUCCUUCAAGAAAGCAGUGCUGAACGGUCGUCAACUUGCUUUGAAGAUCAGCGCAAACAGUGUCUACGGUUUGACCGGUGCCACAGUGGGUAAACUGCCUUGUCUUCCAAUUGCCAGUAGUACAACCAGUUAUGGUCGUCAGAUGAUUGAGAAGACCAAACAAGAGGUAGAAGCACGCUAUACCAUCGCGAACGGCUACUCUCAUGAUGCUCAAGUCAUUUACGGUGAUACCGAUUCCGUCAUGGUCAAAUUCGGAGUCACCGAACUGGCAGAAGCGAUGAAGCUUGGCCAAGAAGCAGCAGAUUUCGUCUCUUCCAAGUUCAUCAAGCCUAUCAAGCUUGAAUUCGAGAAAGUCUACUUCCCUUAUCUUUUGAUCAACAAAAAACGAUAUGCUGGAUUAUACUGGACGAAUCCCGACAAGCAUGACAAGAUGGAUACCAAGGGUAUUGAAACUGUCCGUCGUGAUAAUUGUCUGAUGGUUCAAAAUGUCAUCGAAACCGUGUUGAACAAGAUCCUGAUUGAUCGAGACCUGGAUGGUGCCCAAGACUACGUCAAGGCCACAAUUUCGGAUCUUCUCCAGAACAAAAUCGAUAUGUCAAAACUGGUCAUCACAAAGGCACUGUCAAAACGCAAAGAGGACUAUGCGGGCAAACAGGCACACGUCGAACUCGCCGAGCGCAUGCACAAGCGUGACGCAGGCUCCGCACCAACACUUGGUGACCGUGUAGCCUAUGUUAUGAUUAAGGGCGCCAGCGAUUCUAAAGGUUACGAGCGCGCCGAAGAUCCCAUCUACGUGCUAGAGAACAACAUUCCCAUUGACACCAAGUACUACCUCGAUAACCAGCUUACAAACCCACUGAACCGUAUCUUCGAACCCAUCCUGGGCGAGAAGAAGGCUGGCCAGCUGCUUACUGGCGAGCAUACGCGGUCUAUUUCCAAGGCGGCAUCAAGUUUGGGUGGCCUGAUGAAGUUUGCCAAGAAGACCCAGACCUGCAUGGGUUGCAAGAAGCCACUUUCCAGCAAGGAGGAAAUGGAUGGUGCCGUCUGCGCCAACUGCCGGCCCCGUCUCGGCGAGCUGUACACGAAAACCUUGACCAAGGUUUCCGAUCUGGAGGUUCGCUUCGGCCGGUUGUGGACCCAGUGCCAGCGAUGCCAAGGUAGUCUUCACUGCGAGGUUAUCUGCUCCUCUCGUGACUGUCCGAUUUUCUAUAUGCGCAUGAAAGCAAAGAAGGAUGUGGAAGAUGCACAGAAGGACCUGUCCCGGUUUGACUUUGACGCUGGUGCUUGGUAA